AUGGAACCUCCAGCAGUGACCUCAUGUUCUCAGUCACAUUCUCUCUCAGCUAGCAGUUUGGCUAACAGUGUCGACAGGAUGAGACGAGGAAUGAACAGCAGUGGAACAACGAUGUCUUCGUCAACCUAUCAUUUACAAAUUGAUCCUAAUCUCUCUUUUAAUAGUUCUGUGAAUCGUCCUUUUGAAGAGCUUCCUGAAAAUUUCUUGGAGAGCAUAAGUCCGCAGCAGAGCCAAAGUAGCACACAGCAAGACAGUCCACAACUAGCACCGUUAGCUCCAAUGAGCCUUUCAUCAUCGGAAAGCCCCUAUGUCAGUUUGUCACCAAUGUCGACUUCUUCUUCUUAUGGUAUAAUGAAGCUGGAGCCAUUGCAUGAGCUUCACCACCAUACAACUGGAGUAAGGCUGUCAAGUCAUCCAAGCCUUGAUAAAAUGAGCUUCAGUUCCGGUCCAGCUGGUUUGCUUUCUCCAUUGCAUGCCAAUCGAGGUGAAACGGCUGUUGGUGGUACAUUGCUAAGUGUCCAUCAAAAUGGUGGCAGAGCGAGCGAUAUGCUCUCAGCACUGAGGAGGCCAAACACGUAUAUUAAGGAAGAGGUUGAUAUUUCACAAGGAUUCAGCCCGAUUGAUGCAAAUACUUUCAUAAGGCAACAUAUACCACAUCAGAUUACUCGAACAACCGUUAUUCCAACAGAACAGCACCAACAAGAUUUAGAUAACAGGCUUGCUAAUGCAGAAACUCCACCUGCUGUAAGUAACGUUGAGAUUGCGAGUUCCUUCAUCGCGACAAUGACUGGUGAACAACCUCCGGAUUCUCCAGUGCGGCAGUCUAGUUUGUACCAGACUUCACAGUCUACGUUUACUCAUCAAAUAGAAAAUGCAGAAUUGAGUAGUACGGAAGAACUGGAAGUCAGUGGUGUUGGCUCAAGUGAAGAAGCUGCUCCUGGUAUUUCAGUGGAAGAAGUAGGUGAGACUCCAACAAAUGCUUCCAGAGAAGUUGUUACAGGUGCCUCCCGUACGUCAUAUUCUACAAAAGAUACAACUGAUCCCCUUAACGCUGAAAUUGAUGAUGAUAUAUAUAUCGAUACGAAGGACCUUUGCAAGCGAAUAGCAUGGGAGCUGAAACAGCAUUCAAUACCUCAGGCAAUUUUUGCAGAGAGGAUACUUUGUAGAAGCCAAGGUACACUGUCAGAUCUCUUAAGAAAUCCAAAACCCUGGAAUAAACUAAAGUCGGGGCGGGAGACAUUUCGUAGGAUGUUCAACUGGGUGCAACUUCCUCUUACUCAAAGACUUGGUAUUUUGGAGAUUUAUAAAGACGACGGUUACGGUGGGCAAGGAAUGGGUGGAAAACAACUUAAUUUGCCUUCUUCGAGUAAUAUACCAAUGGUACUCAGCCCUCCAACACCAGCGCAAAAUGCAAGACAGGGUUCGAAACAUAAAGGUGGUCACGACUCGGAAAAUGCUGGUUUGUCUAUUGGAUUAAAAAUUACUUUUUUUUUAGGUCCUAACGGUGCUAAACGACCAAGACUGGUUUUCACCGAUAUUCAGAAGCGCACUUUACAGGCUAUUUUUAAAGAAACUCAGAGGCCAAGUCGGGAAAUGCAGCAGACUAUCGCUGAACAUUUAAGGCUAGAUUUAUCUACAGUUGCUAACUUUUUUAUGAAUGCACGAAGACGAUCGCGAAGUGGUCCUCUUCAAGGAGACGCACCAGCACCCUAUCAACAGGUACGCCCUAUCACUCCUCCCCCGGAUUCACCACCACAACGUUCUGUUGGUCGUUCGCGGGGUAGUCGACACGCGGCUCGUAUCGAAGUUGAAACAACCAAUUCAGUUGCCACCAGCUCGCAUAUAGAAAACACUGUUGCCCAAGUUGCCGAAGAGGCAGCUGAAUACGCACGGACUGUCGACCAGGUGAUUAAUCGUGAAAACGGUAAUCAAGAUUGGCAGAGAAACGGUUAUAGCAAUGGAGGAGCACCAUUUAAAGUUAUUCGGUUAGAACCUGUGACACUUGUCAAUUCCCGACAAACUUUGGAAGGUGAUGAUGUAGAACGGGGUGAUUCGUUGCCAAUUAAAACAGAAGACAACGUCAUCUGCAGGGAGGUUGAUAGCCCGACCAAUUCAAAUUCAAAUCAUGAACCGGAGCAAGUGUUCCUUGUUCCUACGACUACUGCUUCAUCUGGGGAGUCAGAAACAGCGUAUUCUGGUCAGGGAACUUCAACAGCGUCUGGAGCAGGUUUUGAGCGUAAGGAUAGUGUCAAAGAGAGCAGGGAGAACAUGUCCAGUACUUCGACUUAA